AUGUCAGUGUCGCAAUCCACUCCAAUUGCGCAAGAUCCGACGGAGAGAAAAAUGCAAAAGAAAUUUGUUAUUGUAACGCUGACAUUGAUUGGUUAUUGGGUUGAAGCGAUGCCCGUGAACUUGGACUCGCUUGAGUUCGAUAAUACAGAUGUAUCAGAUCUUAAAUAUAACUCUAAAGACCUGGAUGACUAUUUGAAAUUCCUGGAGAGUGGAGAUAACAAAGGAAAUGAGAAGACGAACACAAAAACAAAGGCGUUUAAAAAGAAAAAUACAGAAAACAAAGGGGCUAAAGUUAAUUAUAAUAUUGAAGAUUUGAAGAAAUUCUUUAAAAGUCUGGGCAUUAAGGACGAUGGAUCUUAUGAUGAUAGUGAAGUGUACGGCCUAGCUGACGGAGAAGCUUUCAAAGCAGUCGGAGUUAAAGGAAACGAAAACAGAAAAUACAAAAAAGGUACUAAAACCAGAGGAUUUCAUAGAGUGCAACACAAAGAUGAAUACAAGAAGGACAAGGAGUUCUAUGAAGAUGAUGAAAUAACUGGUGACGUUAAAAAAGUUGGCGCGAAAGGUUUUGGCUACGAUGUUUCUGGAGGCUUAGGGUUUGACAAGGGACAGUUCCAUCACGUGAGGAAUAAAGGAAUUUACGGAAAAAAGGGUGUUUCCGAAACGGGGAAUGCAGAAAAGGAUUACAGUGGUUAUUCUGAUUCUCAAGAGUUCGACUCUUAUUAUGACGGUGAAAAUAAUAAUUAG